AUGGAGGCGAAGGAGGAGAAGAAGGUGAAGGAGGCGAAGGAGGCGACGAUGAUCAAGGAGGAGAUGGCGGAGAUGGAGGUGAAGGAGGCAAAGGAGGCGAUGGAGGCGACGGUGAUCAAGGAGGAGAUGGCGGAGAUGGAGGCGAAGGAGGCGAUGGAGGCGACGGUGAUCAAGGAGGAGAUGGCGGAGAUGGAGGAGAAGGAGGCGAAGGAGGCGAUGGAGGCGACGGUGAUCAAGGAGGAGAUGGCGGUGAAGGAGGCGAUGGAGGAGAUGGAGGCGAUGGAGGCGAUGGAGGCGAAGGAGGAGAAGAAGGCGAAGGAGGCGAAGGAGGUGAAGGAGGAGAAGAAGGCGAAGGAGGUGAAGGAGGAAAAGAAGGUGAAGGAGGCGAAGGAGGCGAAGGAGGCGAAGGAGGCGAUAGAGGCGACGAUGAUCAAGGAGGAGAUGGCGGAGAUGGAGGCGAAGGAGGCGAAGGAGGCGAAGGAGGCGAUGGAGGCGACGGUGAUCAAGGAGGAGAUGGAGGUGAAGGAGGCGAUGGAGGAGAUGGAGGCGAAGGAGGCGAAGGAGGAGAAGGAGGAGAAGGAGGCGAAGGAGGAGAAGGAGGAGAAGGAGGUGAAGGAGGUGAAGGAGGAGAAGGAGGUGAAGGAGGCGAUGGAGGCGACGAUGAUCAAGGAGGAGAUGGUGGAGAUGGAGGUGAAGGAGGCGAUGGAGGCGAUGGAGGCGACGGUGAUCAAGGAGGAGAUGGCGGAGAUGGCGGAGAUGGCGGAGAUGGCGGAGAUGGAGGCGAUGGAGGCGAAGGAGGAGAAGGAGGAGAAGAAGGCGAAGGAGGCGAAGGAGGUGAAGGAGGAGAAGAAGGUGAAGGAGGCGAAGAAGGCGGAGAAGAAGGUGAAGGAGGCGAAGGAGGCGACGAUGAUCAAGGAGGAGAUGGCGGAGAUGGAGGUGAAGGAGGCGAAGGAGGCGAUGGAGGCGACGGUGAUCAAGGAGGAGAUGGCGGAGAUGGAGGCGAAGGAGGCGAUGGAGGCGACGGUGAUCAAGGAGGAGAUGGCGGAGAUGGAGGAGAAGGAGGCGAAGGAGGCGAUGGAGGCGACGGUGAUCAAGGAGGAGAUGGCGGUGAAGGAGGCGAUGGAGGAGAUGGAGGCGAUGGAGGCGAUGGAGGCGAAGGAGGAGAAGAAGGCGAAGGAGGCGAAGGAGGUAAAGGAGGAGAAGAAGGCGAAGGAGGUGAAGGAGGAAAAGAAGGUGAAGGAGGCGAAGGAGGCGAAGGAGGCGAAGGAGGCGAAGGAGGCGAAGGAGGCGAAGGAAGCGAUGGAGGCGAUGGUGAUCAAGGAGGAGAUGGCGGAGAUGGAGGCGAAGGAGGCGAAGGAGGCGAUGGAGGCGACGGUGAACAAGGAGGAGAUGGCGGAGAUGGAGGCGAAGGAGGCGAAGGAGGCGAUGGAGGCGAUGGUGAUCAAGAAGGAGAUGGCGGAGAUGGCGGAGAUGGCGGAGAUGGCGGAGAUGGAGGCGAAGGAGGCGAAGGAGGCGAUGGAGGCGAUGGUGAUCAAGAAGGAGAUGGCGGAGAUGGCGGAGAUGGCGGAGAUGGCGGAGAUGGAGGCGAAGGAAGCGAUGGAGGCGACGGUGAUCAAGGAGGAGAUGGCGGAGAUGGAGGAGAAGGAGGCGAAGGAGGCGAUGGAGGCGACGGUGAUCAAGGAGGAGAUGGCGGAGAUGGAGGCGAAGGAGGCGAAGGAGGCGAUGGAGGCGAUGGUGAUCAAGAAGGAGAUGGCGGAGAUGGCGGAGAUGGCGGAGAUGGCGGAGAUGGCGGAGAUGGCGGAGAUGGAGGCGAUGGAGGCGAAGGAGGAGAAGGAGGAGAAGAAGGUGAAGGAGGCGAAGGAGGAGAAGAAGGUGAAGGAGGAGAAGGAGGAGAAGGAGGCGAAGGAGGAGAAGGAGGAGAAGGAGGCGAAGGAGGAGAAGGAGGCGAAGGAGGUGAAGGAGAAGAUGGAACAGAGAGUGCUGCUGCUGCUAUUGCUGCUGCCAGCGCUGCUUCAGGCUCAGAAGAUGGAUCAGACAGUGCUGCUGUAGCUGCUGCCGGUGCUAGCACUGCUACAGAAGAUGGAUCAGACAGUGCUGCCGCAGCCGCUGCCGGUGCCAGCACUGCUUCAGGCUCAGAAGAU